UGAGCAAGGAGAGGACUUAUCUCCAGCAUCUUGCUUCCCAGAGCAGGGCUUGGGUGGAGAAGGGCUGAAGGAUCUGGCUUCAUUCUAGAAGCACUUUCCUCGCCGUGAGUGGGAGCGCAGCGGAAGCCAUGAGCGGUGCUGCAGGGAGCAGGGAGAGAGGCGAUCCCUCUGCACAUGUGUUUCACUUUGAUGGCUGGAGAAAGCCUAGUAGCUUCCAGUCAGCCUGCUAAAGCCAGAUUGAAGAAUAGACAGAGUACGGUUUCAAAGCAACCCGAAAAAGAACGGGAAUGCUGUUCAGGAAAUUCUUCAGGCAUGGGCAGGGACUUGGCUACAGUUCUGCAGUUGGAAAAUCUGACUGGGGCAGCUUCUGAACACAGGCAGGGCCUGCUCACACUCAGCGGGUUCAGUGGCCGCCUCCUUCCCAGCUGCUCAGCACAGCCAGGAGCAGGCAGCUGCCAUCGCCAGCAGGCCGUUUGCUUUGGGAAAGCGAGGAGAUGCCUCAAGAGCAGUACACACACCACAGGAGCACCAUGCCCAGCUCCGAGGGGCCGCAGGUGUACAAAGUGGGGAUUUACGGCUGGAGGAAACGAUGCCUGUAUUUCUUUGUCCUACUCCUCAUGAUUUUAAUAUUGGUGAACUUGGCCAUGACCAUCUGGAUUCUCAAAGUCAUGAACUUCACAAUUGAUGGAAUGGGAAACUUGAGAAUCACAGAAAAAGGUCUAAAGCUAGAAGGAGACUCAGAAUUCCUACAACCUCUCUACGCCAAAGAAAUUCAGUCCAGACCAGGUAGUGCCCUGUACUUCAAAUCUGCCAGAAAUGUAACUGUGAACAUUCUCAAUGAUCAAACUAAAGCCCUAACUCAGCUGAUAACAGGGCCAAAAGCUGUAGAAGCUUAUGGCAAGAAGUUUGAAGUGAAAACGGUUUCUGGAAAAUUGCUCUUCUCUGCGGAUGACCGUGAAGUGGUGGUGGGUGCAGAGAGAUUAAGAGUUUUAGGCGCUGAGGGCACAGUGUUUCCUAAGUCCAUAGAAACACCUAACGUCAGGGCAGACCCCUUCAAGGAACUAAGAUUAGAGUCCCCAACCCGAUCUCUGGUGAUGGAAGCCCCAAAGGGAGUGGAAAUAAAUGCAGAAGCUGGCAACAUUGAAGCCACCUGCAGAACUGAGUUGCGACUGGAAUCCAAAGAUGGAGAGAUUAAAUUAGAUGCUGCGAAAAUCAAACUACCUAGACUGCCUCACGGAUCCUACACCCCCACAGGAACGAGGCAGAAGGUCUUCGAGAUUUGCGUCUGCGCCAAUGGGAGAUUAUUCCUGUCCCAGGCAGGAACUGGUUCCACUUGUCAGAUAAACACAAGUGUCUGCCUCUGAGAGACUCCACAGAGUGGACCAUGUCGGCAGCAGGAAGGCCGAUUUUUGGCUUUAGACAUUGGCUGCCAGCUAUUUUUACUAGAACACAGAAAGCCUAUCAAAGACCUUUUACGUGUGAGUGUGUGUAUAUGCGUGAGUGUCUGUGUGUGUGAGU